CCGCCGCCGCUUCGCUUCGGCCCCUCGUGCCCAGCCGCGGGGGAGGAGGACCCCUGCUCCGCUGCUUCGGUGACUGGCCCCGUGGCUGCGGAGCCCCGAGCGAUAAGAAUUCUUCAAGGUCUGGAGGCUAUAUAGCAUUCUGAAGUUAGCAUCUGGUAGCACUUAAGAGACAGAGACCUUCAGUGAUAUAUGUGCCCUUCUGUAAUGGAAGAUGAUUGAAAACAAGGGACCUCGUGUGGCUGACUAUUUUGUUGUAGCAGGGUUGACUGAUAUUUCAAAGCCUCUCGAAGAAGAAAUUCACUUCAAUGACGCAUGUCAUAAAAUAGCUAAACCAAAAGAACCUAUCACCGAUGUGACAGUUAUUAUUAAAUCUCUUGGUGAAGAAGUACCAAAGGGUUAUACGUGUAUAGAUGUUACCCCAACUGGAUUGUCAGCAGAUCUGAAUAAUGGGAGUCUUGUUGGGCCACAGAUCUACCUUUGCUAUAGAAGAGGAAGAGAUAAGCCUCCGCUCACUGAUCUGGGGGUCUUAUAUGACUGGAAAGAAAGAAUAAAACAAGGCUGUGAAAUUAUUCAGACUACUCCACAUGGUCGUCCUGCAACUAUUAGUGGCAGUACCUCAUCACAAAGAAUUUAUGUCACUUACAGGAGGGCCUCUGAGAGCAUGACACAAAAUACGCUAGCUGUCACAGAUAUCUGUAUUAUCAUUCCCAGUAAAGGAGAGAGUCCACCACAUACGUUCUGCAAAGUUGACAAGAAUCUCAAUAAUAGUAUGUGGGGAUCAGCAGUAUACUUAUGUUAUAAGAAGUCUGUGGCAAAGACUAAUACUAUAUCCUACAAAGCUGGUUUAAUAUGCAGAUAUCCUGAAGAAGACUAUGAGUCAUUCCCAUUACCAGAAUCGGUUCCCCUCUUUUGUUUACCAAUGGGGGCAACUAUUGAAUGUUGGCCAUCAAAUAGCAAAUAUCCUCUUCCUGUUUUUUCUACAUUUGUAUUAACUGGAGCUUCUGCUGAAAAGGUUUAUGGUGCUGCUAUUCAGUUUUAUGAAUCAUACCCUGAGGAGAAUCUCACAGAAAAACAAAGAUUUCAUUUGGGAUUAGCAUCUUCUACGGAGGGGAAAUCUGAUAGCUCCAAAACAGUUCACACUAAUAAAUGCAUCUGCCUUCUUUCUCACUGGCCUUUCUUCGAUGCCUUCAAGAAGUUUCUGACUUUUCUGUAUCGUUAUUCCAUCUCUGGACCUCAUGUCCUUCCCAUUGAGAAGCAUAUUUCACAUUUUAUGCACAAAGUUCCUUUUCCAUCUCCUCAGAGGCCACGAAUUUUAGUUCAGUUAUCACCACAUGAUAAUCUUAUUCUUAGUCAACCUGUAUCCUCACCUCUUCCUUUGAGUGGUGGCAGGUUUUCAACACUGCUACAAAACCUAGGCCCUGAAAAUGCUGUAACACUACUUGUGUUUGCAGUAACAGAACAUAAAAUUCUCAUCCAUUCCCUGCGGCCUUCUGUCCUGACUAGUGUGACGGAAGCCUUAGUCUCUAUGAUAUUUCCUUUCCACUGGCCGUGCCCAUAUGUUCCUCUUUGCCCGUUGGCUUUAGCGGAUGUUUUAAGUGCACCAUGUCCAUUCAUAGUAGGGAUUGAUUCAAGAUACUUUGAUCUCUAUGAUCCACCACCAGAUGUUAGUUGUGUUGACCUAGAUACCAACACCAUUUCUCAAACUGGAGAUAAGAAGAAUAUAGCCUGGAAGAUACUUCCAAAGAAACCAUGCAAAAAUCUGAUGAACACAUUGAAUAAUUUGCACCAGCAACUAGCAAAAUUACAACAGAGACCCAGAGAAGAUGAAUUAAUGGAUCUAGCAAUGAAUGACUAUGAUUUUAACUCAGGAAAGAGAUUGCAUUUGAUAGAUAUGGAAAUCCAGGAGGCAUUUUUAGGUUUCAUGGCCUCUAUAUUAAAAGGUUACAGAUCAUACUUAAGGCCAAUAACACAAGCCCCAUCUGAGACAGCCACAGAUGCAAGUUCCCUUUUUGAGCUACAAGGGUUCUUAAAAAGCCGGGACCGGUCCCAUCAAAAAUUCUACAGCAUGAUGACCAAAACACAAAUGUUUAUUCGCUUCAUUGAGGAAUGUUCCUUUGUCAGUGACAAAGAUGCAAGCCUGGCAUUUUUUGAUGAUUGUGUAGACAAAGUAGAUAUGGACAAAAAUGGUGAAAUGCGACUUAUAGAACUGGAUGAAUCCUUCAAAAGUGAACAUACUGUUUUCGUAACCCCACCUGAGAUCCCACAUCUACCUACUGGUGAAGAACACCCUUUACAAUACAGUUAUAAUGGAUUUCCUGUCCUGAAGAUAGAUUUAUUUGAGAGGCCAGAGGGAUUUCUGCAAACACAAAAUAAUAAACUGGCCUCAAAAAAUAGUAGUCCUAAUAGCCCUUCAGCGAUGUUCAGAAGAACUAAACAGGAAAUAAAGUCAGCCCAUAAGAUAGCAAAGAGGUAUUCCUCCAUCCCUCAGAUGUGGUCCAGAUGCCUGUUACGUCAUUGUUAUGGACUGUGGUUUAUUUGCCUCCCAGCAUAUGUGAAAGUGUGCCAUUCAAAAGUCAGGGCUCUGAAAACAGCAUAUGAUGUACUUCGAAAAAUGCAUUCUAAAAAGAUUGAUCCUCCCGAUGAGGUCUGCUAUCGGGUUCUUAUGCAGCUGUGUGGCCAGUAUGGUCAGCCUGUUCUUGCAGUGCGAGUACUUUUUGAAAUGAAAAAAGCUGGUGUUCAUCCCAAUGCCAUUACUUAUGGUUACUAUAAUAAGGCUGUUUUGGAAAGUACCUGGCCUUCAAGCAGUCGAAGUGGUUAUUUUCUGUGGACCAAAAUAAGAAAUGUUGUUUUAGGAAUAGCACAGUUCAAAAAAGUUUUAAGAAAAAAUGCCCAUCUAUCACAUGCUCCUCUCUCAGCAGAUGGCAGUGACCUGGAUGCUGUUAGUCAUGGCAGCAUGGAUAGUUGUAAUGACACAAACACUGUGGAGCAGGCACCCUUCAACACUGAGUUAAUCAAAGUAGAUUCUACUGAUGAUAGAUCUAGUACAGGGGGUCAGUCAGAUCUUGGAUAUAAUUCAUUAUCUAAAGAUGAAGUUAGAAGAGGUGACACGUCUUCCCAAGAUUUACAGGAAGAAAAAGAGGACAAGAAAGAGAGUGAUUGUAGUUCCUUGUCUGAGAGUGAGAGUGCAAAAGGAAGUGCUGAUUGCCUUCCUAAGCUCAAUUAUCAAAAUACAGGCAGUAUAAAUCCUACAUCUAGUAUAGUUCGCCUCAGUGGUAUGCUUAGCCAUGCAGAUGAAGUAUCAGGAGGAAGCACAGAAGACGCAUCUGAGCUGCUAUUAAUGUCUUCUUUUGAAGAGACAAAUGAAACAGAAAAUCUUGAAAGAAGUUUCAGAAAAAGGCACCGAAAUGAUGCAGAGCCUGCUUUGCAGCAACAGAUGACUUGGGAAAACAGAAAUCAUAAUCUUAGUGGAGGUGUGUUGAUGGGACUUCUGAUCAAUAGGAUUAACCAGGAAGAAAGUCCUGGAGAGAUGGUUGAAAAAUUAGGAGCUGAUGCAAAAAUUCUUUCAAAUGUUAUGCAGAAAAACCCAAGGCCAAAUACCCUUGAUAUUGGAAAUCCAUCUUUAAGAUCAAAAAGAGACAGUCUGGAGAAGGAAUCUAGUGACGAUGACACACCUUUUUAUGCUACUAACUGUUUGGCAGAUAAAACUGACUCUCCUGUGAUUUUUGACUUAGAAGAUUUAGACAAUGAAACAGAUACGUCAAAAGCGGGGACCACCCCUACACAAAACCCUAAAAGGGUGGAACGAAUGAAUAGCAGCUUCUCAAUAAAACCUAUUGAGAAAACUGAUGUUGCAGCUGGGUUUGAUCCACUCUCACUUUUAGCUGCUGAAACUGAGCAGCAGCAGAAAGAGGUGGAAGAAGAUGAGGAUAACGAUGAAAACAAAAGCAUUUCCACACCAUCAGCAAGAAGAGAUUUAGCCGAGGAAAUUGUGAUGUACAUGAAUAAUAUGAGCAGUCCUUUGACCAGCCGUACACCAAGCAUUGAUUUACAACGGGCUUAUGAGGAGAAAUCAGCAAAUAAGAAAAGUCCAACAGUAGCCAAACCAUGCAGAAGGUCUAGCCUUCCCCCCAUUUCUCCUAGGCCGAUCCGUCUUACCAAAUCUAAAAGUUACUAUAUUAAAAAUGAAGACAGACCCAGGGAUAGACUUUGGUCUUCUCCAACUUUCUCACCAACCUGUCCAGUUAGGGAACAGUCUCAGGAUAUGGCUGGUACAUUAACUCUUGUUUCAUCACCUUCAUUUAAUUUAGAUACAUUAAUAACACCUAAAUUGGAUGUUCUAAAGAGUAGUGUGUUCUCUGCUGGAAAAGGCGUUGCAGAGAAGGCAAGCAAAUGGUAUACAAGAUUCACUAUGUAUACUACACCCUCCAAGGAUCAGAAUUCAGACCGAACCAGUCUUUCUUCAGCCGGAGCCCUAGAUUCUGAAUCUGCCUCUUUAACAGAUGAAGAUGUUUGCAAUGAGUUUGAAGGAAUGCCUUCCCCUCAAGAAAAUAAUGUCACUUCAGAGACAAAGGGAUUGGGACUUAGUAGAUCAAGUCUGGAAAGUACUGCCUCUUGCGAGGGUCCCCUGUCAAAGUUUGUUUUACCUGGAAAGUCAGAGUUGACAUCUUCUUGCAGCACAAGUAGUACAAAUAUCUUCCAGAACUAUGCUAUGGAGGUUCUCAUCUCAAGCUGUUCAAGAUGUCGAACUUGUGACUGCCUUGUACAUGAUGAAGAAAUCAUGGCUGGUUGGACAGCAGAUGAUUCAAAUCUCAAUACCACUUGCCCUUUUUGUGGAAAUCUUUUCUUACCUUUUCUAAAUAUUGAAAUAAGAGAUUUACGACGACCUGGCAGGUACUUUUUAAAGUCUAGCCCCUCUGCUGAGAAUAUGCAUUUUCCAUCAUCAUGUUCAAAUCAAACAAGGAAGUCCUGCAUUUCUUCAUCAGCCUCAGGUGUUGCUAUUUCUGUUCAAGAGAAUUUUAAUGCAAAUAGCAAAUCUAAAGAGCAAGAAAAUUCAUGUGCCCGAAGUAUUCAGAUCCCUGAAGGGAGGAGACAAAAUAUGAGCACUUCAAAAUGUCCAAUAUUUCCAGUGGCCAGGAGCAUCAGUACCUAUGGUCCCUUAGACAAGGAAGAAACAGGAAGCCAGAAGAUUAGCCACAUUGUGUCUACAGGCAGUCUGCCAGCAACUUUGCAAGGCGCAACGGAUUCACUGGGAUUAGAGUGGGACCUUCCAAGUCCAGACCCUGUUACUGUCCCAUAUCUCAGUCCAUUAGUGGUAUGGAAAGAACUUGAGAGUUUAUUGGAAAAUGAAGGCGAUAAUGCAAUAACAGUGGCAGACUUUGUCGACCAUCACCCAAUUGUAUUUUGGAAUCUAGUGUGGUAUUUUAGACGUCUGGACUUACCCAGUAAUUUGCCUGGAUUGAUUUUGUCUUCUGAGCAUUGUAAUAAGUAUUCUAAGAUUCCUCGUCAUUGUAUGUCAGAAGACAGUAAAUAUGUUUUAAUUCAGAUGUUGUGGGACAACAUGAAAUUACACCAGGAUCCAGGACAACCCUUAUACAUCCUCUGGAAUGCACAGAGUCAAAAUCGUACGCUUUUGUUUGAGACCCAAAAGUACCCAAUGGUCCAUUUAUUGCAAAAAGGUGAUAACUCAUUUAACCAGGAACUGUUGAAAAGCAUGGUAAAAAGUAUUAAGAUGAAUGACGUCUACGGACCAAUGAGUCAGAUUUUGGAGAUACUGAACAAAUGGCCUCAUCUUAAACGACAACGGAGUUUAUAUAGAGAAAUAUUAUUUCUCUCACUUGUGGCAUUAGGAAGAGACAACAUUGACAUAGAUGCAUUUGACAGAGAAUACAAGAUGGCCUAUGAUCGUCUUACACCUAAUCAAGUCAAGAGUACCCACAACUGUGAUAGACCACCAAGCACAGGGGUGAUGGAAUGUCGAAAAAUAUUUGGCGAACCUUAUCUUUAAAAUAAAUUUUUGUGUAUAUAUUUACAUAAUUAUGUGUGUAUAUGCAUAUAUACACACACUAUAUAUGUUUUGUACAGUCUGUAAAAAUUACCACUUCAGUCUCUAAGAAAAUUUCUAUCUUCAUUUUUUUGAAAAUGAAUUUGCAGCAGAGUCAGAAAGCCCUGAUAAACUACAAAUGUUUUAGGUAAAGAAUAGUAACAAGUGGGCUGAACACUGCUUUGCCUCCUGGUCCUUUUGUUGUUCCCUUCUAUAAAAAAUUUCAUGGUGGGGGAAAAACCGUAAUUAAAAGUAAUUGUCUUAAAAGAAGACAGUCUCUUGGAAAACAGUGACAAAAAUCGUGUAUUAAUACUAAUAAGUAACAUAAAAUCAAAGGAUCUGCUGUUUACAUAGAUUAUUCAGAUGUUAUAAAGAACACAAAGUUGUAUUAUACAUGUUUUAAAUUGUUUAUAGUGAGUUGAUAUUUUUUUAAUUUUUUAAAAUUGCUAUCGCAAACUUAAAAUGAAUUUAAACUUUAAAUGAGCAAUUUAGUGCUCUUCCUUCUAAGUCUGCUGCUAUUUGGAACAAAUAGUCCAACCUGUUUUCAGUUGGGAGAGAGGAGUGUAGGAAGAAGGGGAGGACACAGAAAUGGUCAAAAAAUGCCAAUCCUAGCCCCAGUGUUGUCCUGGGUUCAGUUUGCAUUUGCACGUUGGGAAGCCAUAAGUUUGAAAGUGUGUGUGUGUGUGUGUAAAUUGUAGAAUGAUAUACCCCAUACACUGCCAAGAUUGGCACACUGACAAUCUUGAGAGUAGUAGAAGUCCCAAGUAUAAUUCACCAGUACCUUCUAAACUCAGGCUCAGCAUACAGUGAAGAAUCCAGCACUUUUUUGUUGUUGUUGCUAAUGGCACUUAUAAACAGUAUGUUGGGGGGAAACCUUGCAAAAUUAAAAAUAAAUUUUCUAAAUAUACAUAAUGGUGUACAUUCCAAGUAUGUUGACACUACUCCAAAAGUUUUAUUCUAAUUUUAAUGUUCAAGAUAGCGAUUAUGGCAGGUAUACUCCAAUUUUAAUAUAUGAGAUUGGGUAUGUCAUCUGUGCUACAUGGUAAUUAUAGGGGACGCAAUCAGGGCACUCCAUUUAGAAUUAUAUUUAAAAUAUAUUUUUAUUUUACAUGGAGCAAAAUGUUUUCUGGAGGGAUAAAUUACAGAAUAGAUCUCCCAUAUUAAAUUAUGUAGCUUUUGAAAUAAGCCAUCAAGAUCUAUAAAUUAUAGAAACUAGACAAUGAUCUAAAUGUUUAAGCAUUAUUGCCGAGUAUUCAGAGAUACCUGAAAUCGAUUUGGUUUUUGGUUUUGUUUUGCUUUGUUAUAAACACUUAGUUGUGCUACUCUAUUCAGUGUUCUUCAAGUUAUUAAUUCCAAGGGGAAAAGUAUCCCUUGUAACCUUAGUUACUUUAAUGAUUUUCAUUGUUUGGAGCUGUGUGCAUGUGUUGUCAUUAACGAAGGAAAAUUGCCCAGAUAAUGUGCUGAGACAGACCAAGGAAAUGAUCCCAAAUUGUGUGUGUGUGAAGCAGUUUGUAGAAGUACAAGACAUACCUUCACUGGAACACAACUAAAAGUCCCAUCGUUCAUUCUCUAAAUCAGUUUAACUACAAAUGGGCCUCAUUGUUAAGUUGAGCCACUAGUGAAUGGUACCAACUUAAAGGAUUUUACCGGUUUCCACUUGGGGAAGUGAUUAGCAAGAAAUACAUGUAAUGCUCCUAACUCAGGCUUAUGUUGACAUUAGUUUACUUCAAUGAUGUGAUACUCUGCUUCUUUUUUUCAUCACCACAAUUUCUAUUCCUAACUAGUUGUAAGCUUCUCAUACUUGGUAUUCUAAUUCUCUAAUUCACUAAUAAAUUCAAAAAUUUUUAUCAGUAAUUUUCUUAGGAGACAAUAUAUUGGAUAGCUGUGGGACUGAGCAGCAGUAAUUAAUGUAGCCCAAGUCACUUGUGUAAUGAGGUACUUAUGUACUGGGUUUUUUUUUUUCCUGUAAAAGCCUUUCUCGUAGCUGUUUACUUUUUUCUUAGCUGCUCGUGUAUCUUACAUUCUUUUAUGAAUCUAAAUGUCCUAUUCUUACAGUCCAGAUUCAUGUGGGAAGUGGUUGUUUAAAUUAUCUUAUUGUCUGGGUUCUGUUCCUAGUAUUUGGGUCAGUUUUUUAAAAAUAAUUCUACGUAAGUAUUUUUCCAGAAUUUUAUCUUUUGCAGAUAUAGUGAUGGAAAAUUAAGUCAGGACAACCAUGAGGAAAGCACCCUUGAUGCCAUGGGUACUGUGCUUGCUCUAUCUGAUCAUAUAGACAGAUGUGGAUAGCUGAAGUUCCUUUCCCAUUUGGUAUACUCUCUCAUUUUAGAAUGCUUGACUUGGUUUAGACUUUGAAAUUGUUGAAAUUAAAUAAAAACCAUACUGCCUGCUGA